AUGCCCUUGCUUGGGAAUUCAGGCGCUCGAAGAACAGAGCGCGGUACAAAGGUGCUUGGAAUUGCCUCGAUUAUAUCAAGCCCCUCUGCGACCAUGUCCAAUUUUCCUCGUUCGACCUCUCCCAGUCCCUCUCCCUCGCCCCCUUCCACACCAACUUCGUCUCCUCCAAGAGACAAGAGAAAAUCACAAAUGAGCAGCCCACGGCUCUUCGACAAGUUUCGUCGCGCGCGUUCGGGAGGUCCCCGGCCAACUAGUCCAUUGACGGGAAAUGGCUGGCCGGCGCGUGACACGGUCCCCAGCAGCCCGCUGGCGCGCUCGACAACCACUUCCCUUCCGCGUAUUUCGGAGUUGGUAGAAGAGGCGCCCGUUACGCCGGGUUCUGACGACGACAACACGACUUCGGUAGAGAACCCUAUCUACCUUUCGCCCAAGAAAACGUCGCCUGCCACAGCACGCGCAUACCUGGCGCUCCUCCAUGAUAUCGACCCUGCGCUCGCAAGAAUGGAGAAAAUCUCGGUCAACGGGUCGACCACGGUAUACCGCGCCCAUCAUCGCGGGUUAAAUGCUCUCGUAGCAGUCAAACUUGUCCAGUGCCUCGAUCCAAACAACCCGAACCUCUACUUCUCAAAUCGAGACGAGGCAGGGAAAGACUUCUCGAUCCAUCUCUCGCUUCACCAUGAACACAUCAUCGACAUCCUCCACAUCCACCGUUCAAGUAUUACACCUCUCGUCAACAUUAUCUGCGAAUAUCUUCCCAACUCCAUGACUCUUCGAGAGUACAUCACCAGGACUGCUGAAGAGGGAGGAGCGAUUGACGAUUGGAAAGUCAUGACUAUAGCCUCGCAAAUGGUGGGAGCCCUUGCCUUCAUCCACGACCGCGGAAUCGUCCACCGUGACCUGAAACCCGAACAUAUCCUUAUCCACGACGAGGAGAUGACAGUCGUGAAAUUGGCCUGCUUCGGCGACGCAGUCCGCCUGGACAGAAGCGUGCUAACCCAGCUCCCCGCGAGCACGUUUAUCGACUUCGAUUUCCGAUACACUGCGCCGGAAAUUCUGGACAUCAAUCGUCCCGGCUACGACCAUCGUGCAGACAUCUGGAGUCUCGGGGCGCUUAUCUUCGAGCUCUUCGUUCUCGACCUCCCGUAUCGCCCGUUCCAGCGCGUGUACCCCGAGCGGACCCCGCCUAAAUUCCUGUGGCCGCUGUUGCCGCUCCACCGAGUCCCGAGCGACGCACAGGACUUUUUGAGCCACCUGCUCCGCCGCGACCCGUCACUUCGACCAUCGUUGACAGAUGCCACCCAAUUGCACCCCUGGUUUGCGCGACCAAGACUGCCAAUCGUGUUUCGAGACACGGACUUGUGA